AUGAUCCCGUCCAUGCUCGCCGCGGCGCAAACCGCGUGGGAGCUGCGAGCGCUCAUCCGUGCGAUGAAGGACGAGAUGCCUCGAACGAUGGCGGUGCUGCGGCUGUCGGGCCUGGAGCUCGCGGACGCCGCGGAGGAGGUCACGGGUCUGACGGGCGACUUGGCGGAGGGGGUGCGCAGCACGGCAAACAUGGCGACCUUGCUGAACGACAGCGUGCUCGGGGCGCCGCAGCUGGCCAAGGAGCUGACGCAGGACGCCGUGCCGGCGAUGACGAAGCUCUUGGCGCGGCAGGUCGAGGCGACGGCCAAGCUGCAGCACACGGCGGAGAUGCUUCGCGGGGCGAAAGUGGCGGCGCGGCGCGGGCGAGCGCUGAUGGGGACGGUCGGCGCGGCGCAGUGGGUGCACGGCGUCACGACGGCGGGGCAGCUGCGGGCAGGGCGGCGGCGGGCGGCCAAGGGCAGGGGCCCGAGCACGGGCAAGGGUAGCGCGCAGCAGGCCGGAUACGCGUGA